AUGUUUAAGACAACGUUCUUCACCACUCUCAUCACAGAUCAGGUUGGUGAUCACAUACCGUCCUUGACAGAGGAGGAAAUCCAACGGGUUGCUGAAGAGGUCAAAGACUAUAUGACAAUUUAUCUAUGUCAGAUUCAAGCCGAUCCACUGAACAGUGAACUUGUACUUGAAUUUAAACGUAUCUUCACCAAUCUAACGUUGAUGGAAGAAGACAAAGGUACAAAACGCAAAACACCGCUUCUCUACGACGACCUCCUCAGGACUAAAGUCAACGAAAGGUUUCCCAAACGCCUGUUGGUAGAAGGUGAAGGUGGUGUAGGAAAGACCACUUUUUGCGCCAAGAUCGCUUGGGAUUGGAUCAACGGAAAAGGCUACCAAGAUUUCAAACUGGUUCUUGUCAUCCUCCUUCGCAAGACAGAGGGCAAGACUGUUGGAGAGAUAGUGAAGUCGUAUCUUUCUGACAACAAUCCCGUCACAGCCAAACAGCUAGACAAGCACAUCCUCUCAAAUCCGGAUGACAUCUUUCUUGUCUUGGACGGCCUAGAUGAGUUUGCUGUCGAUCUUGACAGCAAUCAGCAAAUCGGCCUGAUCACUCUCAAUCGUCUGUUCAAGUCAGGGACAGUACUAAUCACAUCGAGACAAUGGAGAUCAGAUGAGAUUAGGAUGAAUGCCGAUCUUAGAAAGGUGUUUGCUUUCAUUGCUGUAGAAGGUUUCUCUGCUGAAAACCUUUCUUCUUACAUCACCAAGUUCUUUCAUCCAGACGCAGCUUCCUCUGAAGAUCUGAACCGAUUCAUAUCAAACAACGAUGUGAUCAGAGAAAACAUGGCUCCAUACCCCAUAUACACAGCCAUGCUGUGUAUCAUGUGGAAAGAGUUUGAUGGAGAGCGCCGAGAGGCAAUGUCCAAGCUGCAAACAUUUUCCCAGCUCUUCAAUCAGAUGAUUGACUUUUUGGUUGAUCAUCACCUAUCAAAGCACAUUCCAUCUUCAGGUAUUGUUGAAGGCAAAUUAGGGGAACAUUGUUCAGAUAUUCGUCCACACCUGAUUCACAUUGGCCGUAUUGCCUUCCAGGGACUUCUCAAGAGACGGUUAGUAUUCACAGAAGAAGAGUUUCAGAGCUAUCCAGAGUCCAUCGAUGUAGGUUGUAAAGUUGGUGUACUCACCAGAGAGAAAAAAAAUCUUCCGAGGCGAGACAGAAGAAAUACUCCGAAUUCAGUAGUCCAAUCAGUGCAGUUUCCUCAUAAGCUCUUCCAGGAGUAUCUAUCAGGAAUGUAUCUUGCAUCCCUUUACAAGUCAAACCGUAAUGAGUAUGACAUGUUGAUAGCGAAUAUCACACGGGAAGCAUUGGAAUACCGGUACCUACUGUACUUCACCUCGGCUCAGCAGAAGGAGGUCGGCUUGGAUAUCAUAUCUCGUCUCAUAGAGGCAAAAACAAAGCGCACACAGGGCCGUAUUGAUGAUGACUUCAUCGUAGAUGUAGCAUAUGAGAGCCAAGACCAAGCAGUGGCCAAAGCCGUGGCGGAUCAUCUGUCGACUACGUCCAGAAAGACACUGAAGAUCUUCACAAGGAUGCAGGCACACACAGUAUCAGGGCAUACUUUCAUCUUGAACCAUCGUGAAGUGGAUGACCUGAUUAUUGAGAAGCCAUGUGGAAGGACGGCUUCGGAGGACCUGGCUGAAUUCAUGUGCUCAUCACGAUCACUCAGAUCUGUGACGAUCGAUCUUACUCGAGUUACUGGUACUAUGCAUGAUUUCUACUCGGUGCUUGCGAAUAAAGCAGUCGAUUCCAAGGUCAGUAUAAAUCUUUGUAUCAUCCACGUUGUAGUUUGUUUAGUACAUCAUUCUUUAAAAAAAAGGAUGCCAUAUUCAGUCAGGAUAAUAGUUUUCCUGGUGUCAUAA